CUCCACCGCAGGUGCUCACCCCUGUCCCGCCAGUGUCCUCGUGGGUCGUGCUCACCCCUGUCCCGCCAGUGUCCUUGUGGGUCAGCCGCCCGCCCCACCUCCACCACAGGUGCUCACCCCUGUCCCGCAAGUGUCCUCAUGGGUCAUGAUCACCCCGUCUCACCAGUGUCCUCGUGGGUUUCACAGACCGAGGAGUCCCGGUUGGCUCAGUUGUUGGGUUGUACUGAGAUCCCAUCGGGGAAACCCACUGUCUUGCGAGUGUGGCCUCAGCCCAGGCUCCCUACAUGCUGCGGGAGCUCAGCUCAGCUGCCUGGUGCUGGGGCUGUCAGAGGGUGGGGCUGCUGCUGAGGCAGGUGCAAAAGUGUAAGGGUGUGUCCUGGAACUAUUCGCAGAUGAGAAGUCUGCUGUAUUUAAAACAGUGACUUAUAAGCCAGACAUGGAUAUUGGCAUGCAUCUGUAGUCCCAGCUGCUUGGGAGGCUGAGGUCGGAGGAUUGCUUGAGCCCAGGAGUUUGAGGUCACCAGUGAGCUAUGAUUGCGCCACUGCAUUCCAGCCUGGAGCGCAUGAUCAUCCAGUCACUCGAUGGGGAUUACCAGCGGACCACCUGUUUGUAUCACCUUCCCACCUCUCUGUAGCAAGAAAAAUCACUUCAGCACCUCUUCAGUAAUAAUGAUGAAACUGGUAUUAACUGAAUGGCAAUUAUGGAUUUUUAACUCUAAUUCACAGUAAACCAGCAAGCCAUAUGUUUAAAAUCCAACCAAAAAUCGUUCUGUGUUGCUGCAUGUCUCAUACCAUUGUGAGAAGUUGUGAGAUACCCACUUGUGCAAAGAGGAAUGUAAGUGUUACUUGCCCAAGGAACACAACCGAAGCAGAAAGAGAAGACGUCUUAAUUUAUCAUUACAGAUCUAUGAAAGCAUUAUUUAUAUAGAUAGAAUAUAUAGAUAAAUAUAUAUAUUUUUGGUGGUAAUGAAAAUGGCUCCGCAGAAUGCCGACCCGGAAUCUAUGCAAGUUCAAGAGUUAUCCGUGCCCCUGCCGGACCCGCAGAAAGCCGGAGGCGCAGAGGCCGAGAACUGCGAGACCAUCAGCGAGGGGUCCAUAGACCGAAUCCCCGUGCGCCUGUGGGUGAUGCACGGGGCGGUGAUGUUUGGCAGGGAGUUCUGUUACGCCAUGGAAACCGCUCUGGUCACACCAAUACUGUUGCAGAUUGGCCUUCCGGAGCAGUACUACAGCCUCACCUGGUUCCUGAGCCCCAUCCUCGGCCUCAUCUUCACGCCCCUCAUUGGGUCUGCGAGCGACCGGUGCACCCUGAGCUGGGGCCGCCGGCGCCCCUUCAUCCUCGCCCUCUGCGUUGGCGUCCUCUUUGGCGUUGCACUUUUCCUUAACGGCUCUGCCAUCGGUCUGGCCCUCGGCGAUGUCCCCAACCGGCAGCCCAUCGGCAUCGUGCUCACGGUGCUGGGGGUGGUGGUCCUGGACUUCAGCGCCGAUGCCACCGAGGGGCCCAUCCGCGCCUAUCUGCUGGACGUGGUGGACAGCGAGGAGCAGGACAUGGCCCUCAACAUCCACGCCUUCUCUGCCGGCCUCGGCGGAGCCAUCGGCUACGUGCUGGGUGGGCUGGACUGGACCCAGACCUUCCUGGGUAGCUGGUUCCGGACCCAGAACCAGGUGCUCUUCUUCUUCGCUGCCAUCAUCUUCACGGUGUCCGUGGCCCUGCACCUGUUCAGCAUCGAAGAGGAGCAGUACAGCCCACAGCAGGAGCGCAGCACUGAGGAGCCCGGCGCCCUGGAUGGGGGCGAGCCGCACAGCGUCCCUGCCUUCCCAGACGAGGUGCAGUCGGAGCACGAGCUGGCCCUGGACUACCUGGACGUGGGCAUCGUGCGCAGCAAGAGCGACUCGGCGUUGCACGUGCCAGACACCGCGCUGGACCUGGAGCCCGAGCUGCUCUUCCUGCACGACAUCGAGCCCUCCAUCUUUCACGACGCCUCCUACCCUGCCACCCCCCGCAGCACCAGCCAGGAGCUCGCCAAGACCAAGCUGCCCCGCCUGGCCACCUUCCUCAAGGAAGCUGCCAAGGAGGACGAGACCUUGCUGGAUAAUCACUUGAAUGAAGCUAAAGUCCCAAACGGAAGUGGCUCCCCCACAAAAGAUGCCCUCGGCGGCUACACCAGGGUGGACAUGAAGCCCUCGGCCACGUCGAGCUCCGUGCGGCGGCGGCGGCAUGCGUUCCGCAGGCAGGCCUCCAGCACCUUCUCCUACUAUGGCAAGCUCGGGUCCCACUGCUACCGCUACCGGCGCGCCAACGCGGUGGUGCUGAUCAAGCCGUCGCGCAGCAUGAGCGACCUGUAUGACAUGCAGAAGCGGCAGCGGCAGCGGCACCGGCACCGGAACCAGAGCGGGGCCACCAACUCCAGUGGGGACACCGAGAGUGAGGAGGGGGAGGGUGAGACCACCGUGCGCCUGCUGUGGCUCUCCAUGCUGAAGAUGCCCAGGGAGCUGAUGCGGCUGUGCCUCUGCCACCUCCUCACCUGGUUCUCUGUCAUUGCCGAGGCCGUGUUCUACACCGACUUCAUGGGCCAGGUCAUCUUCGAAGGCGACCCCAAGGCCCCCUCGAAUUCAACCACCUGGCAAGCCUACAACGCCGGGGUCAAGAUGGGCUGCUGGGGCCUGGUCAUUUAUGCCGCCACUGGUGCUAUUUGUUCAGCCCUGUUACAGAAGUACUUGGACAACUAUGACCUGAGCGUCAGGGUGAUCUACGUGCUGGGGACGCUGGGCUUCUCCGUGGGCACAGCCGUGAUGGCCAUGUUUCCCAAUGUCUACGUCGCCAUGGCCACCAUCAGCACCAUGGGCAUCGUCUCCAUGAGCAUCUCCUACUGCCCGUACGCCCUGCUGGGCCAGUACCACGACAUCAAGCAGUACGUCCACCACAGCCCCGGGAACUCCAAGCGAGGGUUUGGCAUAGAUUGCGCCAUCCUGUCCUGCCAAGUAUACAUCUCACAGAUCCUGGUGGCCUCUGCCCUCGGGGGCGUGGUCGACGCCGUGGGGACUGUCCGCGUCAUCCCCAUGGUGGCCUCUGUGGGCUCUUUCCUGGGCUUCUUGACGGCCACAUUCCUGGUGAUCUAUCCCGAUGUGUCAGAGGAGGCCAAGGAGGAGCAGAAAGGCCUGUCUUCCCAGUUGGCCGGCGAAGGCGGGGCCGGCGGGAACAGCGAAAAGCCCACCGUGCUGAAGCUCACGCGGAAGGAGGGCCUGCAGGGACCGGUGGAGACGGAGUCCGUGACGCCUGCAGGUAUUGACGUCUGUCAGAUCUCGUCACAUUGGCUGGUGCUGCAGCUGUUGGAGAGUAUUUUUCUUUAUGAUUAUUUUAGAAAAAAAAUUUUCUUUUCCACAAUGUGGUUUUCUUAGAAGAACAACGUAUCUUCUCUUCCUCAGCGAGUUUGACACAUUGUGCCCAGGGCAGCCCUGUCCUUGGGCAGUGGCCGCACACCAAAGCUGGGAGGAGGCUGGUCCGGGGGGCCUGGGCGGAAGACAGUGAUUUGCAGGGGCGGCUCCCAGACACCCUGCCCAGGGAUGGGCUGGGCACCACCUGGGGGCGGAGCGUGAGCUCCAGACGAGCUCCUGCGUGCGCGUGUGUGUCUGCGCCCACCCACGUGACCCUGCUCGUCCCAUCUGAAGGACUCUCCUAGGAGGCCGGGUUGCCCCUCCAGACCCCUCCCAACGUCAGGGGGAAGGAAACGUUGACUUUCACUGCACUUUGAUUCGUCUCUAAACCAUUUGCUGGGGAUUCCUGAGAGCAGAGCUCCCGGCGGGCCCUGCCUCCCAAGUCCCGCCGCAAGGCUACCUCGGGUGUGUGGAUGUGCGAGGGCCUCCCCUGCUUGCGAAGGGGACAUGCGUGCUGGAACCUGUCAGAACUCCAUGCCUUCCUCGCCUGCUCACCUGCUCGACGCUGGAGUCAGGACAGGUGCAAGGGGAAGCAUACAUCUGGGACAGCUAAGGCCCGUGUCACCGGAGGGCUCUGCACAGUCGUUCUGGUUUCAGCGAAUAAGCAAAACUCGGGCAAGUACUGCAGCUAUUUGGAAAUGUUUUCCAAACCACAGUCUCUUUAGAACUAAGCCGUUUCUGCUCUUCUGAUGUGAAACGGUCGGUGUAAGCUUACUGAGAUCAGGAGACAGGGAGGCCUCACACAUCACACAAAGUCAGACAAUUGUAAUACUUUUGCUGCCUCAACUUGUUUUUUAAAUAAAGAACUUUGAAAUGCAUGAGAACCAUGCUGCAAUAUGAUCAUUCUAGAGCAAAUAUAUAUACACACAUAUAUAUAUUUCAAGAUGAAACUAAAGCAGUUUUUAAAUAAAUUACUUGAAUUUUCUGUGUAUUUAAAGGAGCGACUGUUUAAUGUACUUGAUGGGCCUCUGGUCUUGCCGUGUCUCCUGCCACUGGUGGCACUUCGUAGAUUGUGUGUUUGUGUCCGGGUGGCAGUUGGGUACCUGCUCACGCACGGUGCGUCUGCCAGGCCACAGUGUCCCAGGAUCGCAGAGGACUGACUUCAAGACUUCAAGAACAUUUUCUGGAUGUGUGGAAACUUGAGAAUGGCCUUGUGAAUUUCAUGCUUGGACAGGGCAAGUCCGACUACUGAAAGUGCCGCCAGCUUUGCUGCGAGCCCUCUGGCCAGCGGGAGUCCCGUCGGCUGGGCACUUUGGCCCUUCUCUGGGGGACGGCACCCCUGGCUUCCUCACCUCGGCCGAGCGUCCGUGGCAGCUCACUCUAUGCAACUUGAUCCUCUAGUGGCUUUAAGACUGUAGAUCCCCUCUCUGAGACCUGGCUGUACCUGUCAGGAUCUCGAGGCGCAGUCCCCGUCUUAGCUGGUUUCUCCGGCUUCUCGUCCUGAUGACUGUAAAACAGAUGGAGGCAAGACAGCAGCGGAUAUGGGAUGGCAGUGGCCUGACCCGAAUCAAGAUCCGACCCAAACCACACCAAACGUGGGCUCAUCUGGGGGCCACCCCUUGCCCAAGGCUUCCCACCCUCAUCUGAAGGCCCAGCGGCCGGAUCCAGGACUCACCAAAGCGGAUUCCUCACCAGCUGGGAGUGCAGAAGUCUCAGGGCCUGGCUGCGACUUGAUUUUUAGGAGGAAGAGGGGCUUCACAACCCCCCUCUGAAGUGUGUUAACCCUUGAGAUCCCAGCCUUGACUAAUCUGAAGUAAGGACAACAAAGGCCAUUCAGUGCCCUCCACAUGGCCUUGCCACAGUCACUGUCAGUAUGAACACGCCGGACACCAGUGCCAGCCAGGGACAGGCGUGACUGCUGUGUGCUCCUUGGUGACAGGAGUCGGUGGCUGCACACUUUGUAGACUCGUCAAGCUGUCAGCACCUCAGGUGUUUGCAAGCAAAGCCCUUCUUAGUGUGCAGGUCAGUGUGUGGACCCCAAAUGAGGGGACCACGGGGGCUGGGGUCCAGGGUCAGUAGAGUCGGUGUCUGGAGCUGCCUUCCUGGGAGGCAGGUGCAGGUGACCAGGGCUCUUGCAGUGCGUGUGGGCCCGGCCUGACCACAGCGAGGACCAGGUCGCCACAUCUUUAGCCUCAACCCUUCCCUUGCACUGAGAUUAUUUCCAGAUUGCACUCACUUGAAACUGUCCGUGUCGUCACCUUGUGUCUUAAGGGAAGCCGAGAAGAAGGGCAGGUGGGUAGGCUGUCUUGUCUGCAAAGCAUCAUUGCGCCCGCAGCUUGCGUUGGUCAGGCUGCAGCUCAGGUGUCUGUGGUUUCUAACCUUGUACCUCAGAUAGAUGCAGUACCAAGACGGGGCUGGGGACACUGGUCAGUGUCAAAGGGGAGGCGCUCUGGCUGGCAGCCUUGCCCGAAAGGACGAGGAGGCCAUGCCGGCGCCCGCUGGGGAAACUGGCCAGCCAUCCAGUGCUGAGGACGCAGCUGGAGUUGGGCUUAUGGCACCCUUGGGGUGUGGGCUCUGCAGGCUGGUGGUCCGGGUGCCUCUGCACGCUGACUGGAGUGUCAGGCAGGGUGUGUCGGUUGGUUGCGUCUUGUGUAAUGUGCACAGACCAGUUACCAAACGAGGAUAACGUUGGUCUCAUUUGUGGUGGUUUUGUUCCCUAUACAAGUCAGCUAAGUAAAGACUUUUAACGAGCUUCCCCUUCACACAUGGCAGAAGUUUCCAGGUGCAGGAAUGCGAGCUGGUGGGAAGGGGCAGAGGUCGUGAGCUGUCAGCUGGGCCGGCCUGCCUAUGCCCCCUUUCCUGGAUCUGUCGGCAGACCGGCAUCAUGACGUUCCCUGGUGGCUGAAGAGCUAGCUUUGGAAUGUUGUUUUUCUCACUCUCAGGCAGGGGCCUUAGCUGGAAUCAUCCGACCUACCACUGAUCAGGCCAGCGCUGUGUGCUGCCUCUUGGACACCUGCCCUUGAAAGCCUCAGGCCCCUGGGAGAAGCACUCUGUCCAGUCCUGUCCCCGGGGGGGAAGCAGGGCCACUGAGCCCUCCUCAGAUGGUUAGUGGCUUCCAACAGCCCUCAGGAGUGUUUAUUGAAGGCCCCAAGUGUGGAGAACUUGGUCUGUGACCACCUAGAACCCCAGAGCUGAACAGGAAGCCGUCCUGGCAGCAACAAGAGGGGUGGGGCUGCAGGCCGUCCUUGGCUUUCCCACCGCUGGGGCGGUGAUGUUCGGGUGACAUGUUUGAAAAAUACUCUCAAAGAUACCAGCUGUUCCCUUCUAUGGCUAAUGGUUUGUGCAGCCACCAGCGAUGGUGGCCGCUAUUAGAGACUAGGUUUGUAAAACACCAAAUAUUGCUGUCCACACUAGACAUUCACCGGCUUCAGAAAAGAUGGACACCUUUGCCCACGCUGUUUCGCUUCUUAACUUUGGUCCAGCUUUAGCCACCACACAGCGUGCGAGGGACUGCUGCUGUGGAGUCAGUCUCGUUUGUCCCUCCGCCUCCCACCAGCACGCGCUGCUUCUGAGAGACACCAGCUCCCUGCCUCCAAGCCUGGUGCCACAGGCCUGUCGUGAGGGACCCCCGCUUCCGAGAGCUCCUGGGGGGGCUCUGCCUUUCACCACCUGGGAGAGGUGUCAGUUCAGUUCCGAGUUGAACAAGGCCUGUGCACACAGCAUGUUGGGGACCCAGCCUAAAGUUCUUGUCACCUCAUGCAAAGCCAGCCAUCACUUUCCAGCCAGAGCCCCCAAACCUCAAGGUGGCCCCUUGGCCAGCCCCUCCUUGGGUCCUCCAGGAGGAGUGAGCACCCUUCCCAGCAGCAUCCCUUGCCCUCCACAGGGCUGCCAGGGGCACGUCGCUCUGUGCCGUGGACUGAGACCAUCUCCUGGUGACAGAAUGACCCGUUUGUUGGAAAUGCCUUGUUGCCAGAGAAACUCCCCAGGCAUCUCGGAAUGAAACUAUUUAGUUCCAUUGUGAACUGGCCACAGGACUGCUUUUUAUCAACUUAUUAAGUUGGAGCACUAUAAUAGCUCUUGCUGAUUUAGCAAUGGUGUUAAGUGUGUGUUAAACACAUAAUGUUACAUUUUAUGAGGAGGAGGUCGUAAGGAAGUGUCGUGUCGCUCAUGACUCUUUUCUAUUAGUUGGGUAACAGUGGCCUCAUGUUUGUGUCUGUGUGUACACAGAGCCCUUGGGUUCUGCUCUGUUUCUUUGCCAGGUGAAUGUUUGUGGCAUGCACUGCUGUCCGCGCCCCUCUGUCCUGCACAGGGUUCGGCUGUGCAGCGCCCUGAUUUCCUCCAUGCACAGAGAACCUCCUUGCGUCUGUUUCUCUGUUCCUCUGUGGCUGACUCAAUAAACUUUUCCCUCUGACAUGA